AUGGUUCUAUAUGCUGGUAAGUUAGUCUUGGCCCCUAUGGUUAGAGCUGGUGAGUUGCCAACAAGACUUUUAGCAUUACAACAUGGUGCGGAUUUAUUAUGGACUCCAGAAAUUAUUGAUAAGAAGCUAAUUCAAUGUACUAGAGAAGAAAAUAAGAAUCUAGAUACUGUAGAUUUUAUUAUUCCAUCCAAGACAGAUAAUAAGCCAUCUACUUUGGUAUUUAGAACUUUCCCUAAGAAUGAACAAGGGAAAUUAAUUUUUCAAAUGGGUACCUCAUCACCUACCUUAGCAGUUGAGGCUGCUUUAAAGAUAGUAAAUGAUGUAGAUGGAAUUGACAUUAAUGCAGGCUGCCCUAAACAUUUUUCUAUUCAUUCAGGUAUGGGAGCAGCAUUAUUGAAAACUCCGGAUAUUUUAUGCUCUAUUUUAGAAAACCUUGUCUCAAAAGUGGGCAAACCAUAUAAUAAGCCAAUUAGUGUGAAAAUAAGAAUCCUAGACGAUAAAGAAACUACAGUUGCAUUGGUCGAAAGAUUAUGCACUACUGGGAUAUCAAAUUUAACUGUCCAUUGCAGAACAACACCAAUGAGAAAUAGGGAAGCACCAAUAAGAGAUUAUAUUCCAAGCAUUAAAGAAAUUUGUGAGAAGAAUAAUGUAUCUCUAAUAAUGAAUGGUGCUAUAAAAAACAAAGUUCAUUUUAAGGAAUUAAGAGAAGAACUAGGGUUAUCCAAAGAUAUUGGUGGUAUGAUUGCAGAGUGUGCCGAAACUAAUCCAACAGUUUUCUCACAAAAUCCAUUAAUGUGGUAUGAUGUUUGUAAACAAUACAUCAAGAUAGCUAAUGAAUUCGAAAAUAUUAUUGGGAACACAAAGUAUAUGUUGAAUAGAAUUAUUCCAGGGAAAUCUGAGUUUUAUCAAUAUAUCUCUAAAUGUAAAAAUAUGGAGGAGAUUAAUCACGUAAUUGAUCAAAUUGGUCCAGAUGGUACUGUCAUAAACGAUCCAACUGAAUAUUUGGCUAAACGUAGAGAAGAAGAAAAAUUAACUAAAAAAAGAGAAAAUGAUAUGAAGUCACAGAUGAAUAAUGGAAAGAAAAAACACUUUUUGAAGAAUACUUCCGCUGAGCCUAAAGCUAAGAAAUUUAAAGCAGAAGUAUCAAGUUAA